CAAGUGGGCCCUCGCUCGGGCGGCAUCAGUGGGACAUGAUGCGGCACGCGCUCGGCUGGUUCCUGGUGGCCUUGUUUUGGGGCUCGGGGGCCCGCGGGGGACCCCUGAGCGGCCUCCGACCCAACAUGGCGGACCAGGAGCUGUUCUGGGGCGCCGACCAGUACGACUUCUCGGUGGUUCUGCCCGGCGCCGGGAUGGACUGCUUCUGGCACUUUGCUCACCACGGGGAGAAGUUCUACCUCAACUUCAUGGUGCAGUGGGUGACGGGCGUGGGCCACGACCGCCACCUCUCGGUUACCGUCAACGCUCCCGGCGGCCUCCUGCUUUCCACCGUGGAUGACGCCAAUGGGCAAAUUGACUUGGACGCCAGCGAGACCGGUUUCUACCAGAUGUGUUUGAGCAACUUCCACAACCGCUUCGGCAGCAUGCAGGUGUCCCUCAGCUUUGGCGUUUACUACGAUCACGCGCCCCCCAAACAACAACAACACCACCAACUACAAGAUAACGCCAAGAAGCUCAAUGACACGCUGAGCAUCAUCGAGGCGUCGGCCCGGCGCGUGGAGAACGCCGCCUUCCACAUGUUCCGCCACUACAACGCUGGACGCAUGCGCCGCGGCGCCGACGACUUCCUGCUGGCGUCCAAGCGGCGGCGCGUGGGCCACUGCUCGGCCGCCCUGGCCCUUCUCAUCGUGCUGGCCGGAUAUCUGCAGCUGCGUUUCCUCAAGAGCCUCUUCGCGGAGCGCCGCCACGGCGACGGCGAGCCGCGCGCAUGCUGAGUGCUGCUUGCUUGCCAACAGGAGCCUUCAUCACUUCGAUCCCGUUUUCAUCGAUUUUUAACUAAAUCCUUAGUUACUAGAA